AUGAGAUUUGCUGAAAAGAUGAAUGCAAAUCAAGAAGAAGAAGAUGAUGGAAAAUCGAUGAAGAUUUGGGAUUGUGGGAGCCCUUUAUAUGAUGCAUAUGAAUUAGUUGCAUUGAGCCAUGUUGUUGAGAGGAACAUCAUGAUUCUGCCUUAUCUAAGUGGGUCCAGACAGGAGGAGACAGCGGUCUCCUCGACGGCGUCAUCGGUCGAAACGACGUCGGAGAGGUCUUCGGUGCUGGGCUUCUUCAGUAGGAAGGUGUGGAAGAGGAAGAGAGAUGGAGAGAGAGAGCACAGGGCAAAGAGGCACAAAAUUAGUGGGAUUUCUAAGAUUUUUGCAUGGAGAAAAUAG